AUGGUGUUCACAAAAUUAAUGAGACCUCUACUAGCUAAAUGGCGAUCGCAAGGGAUCAGUAUUGCCGUCUAUCUUGACGAUGGCUUGAUAUGGUCAGAUUCGGCACACAGGUGCAAUGAAUUCGUCCAGGUCAUUAGAGAAGACCUGGAUAAUGCCGGUUUCCGAGUGGCCGAAGAAAAAUGUACCUGGAUCCCGCUCCAGAAGCUGAAUUGGCUAGGACACAUAAUAGAUUUGAAAUCGUUCUCUUUGAAUCUUUCACAGGAAAGAAGAUUGAAGUGUCGUAAAAUAGCCUCUAGGCUUCUUUAUAAACGUGGACCGUCCUUGUUAGAUCGAAUGAAAUGGCAAGGAACAUUUGCUUCUAUGCAUUUAGUUAUUCCUUUAGAGAAAAGAAGAGUGUGGAAAGCAGUGGUCACGUCUCUAGCAAAGAAAGAACAGUUAGGAACAGCUCUAACGUAUAGAUGGGCACUAGACCAAGCAGAGAGAACUGAGAUCCUAGGUUGGUUAAGAUUUGAUACAGAAUUCCAAGGUAUCUCAAUGACUUUAUCGAGACACCUACUCAAUGCGAUUAGAGGUUUUUCUGAUGCUUCUGAAUUAGGAGUAGGGUCUGUUUUAUACUUAGACAACCACGACAAAAUCUUCUCUUCUACUAAUCUCCCCGCAGAUCUAAUUGGCGCGUCUAGUACGGCUAGGGAACUUUUUGCUAUCUUAUUGGGAUUAGAAGCUUUUUCGGGUUACUUGCUCAAUGAGGAAGUUGUCUGGCACUGUGACAACCAGGCAGCCAUCGUUAUAUUAACCAAAGGUAGCACCAAACCAGACCUUCAAAUUCUUGCCCAACGUAUCUGGAAUCUUUGCGAUAAUUUAAGAGUAAGGAUAGAAUUUGUUUGGAUUUCACGAGAAUUCAACACAGAGGCUGACGAAGCCUCUAGAGAGAUUGAUCUUGAUGAUUGGUGCAUAAGAGACGAGAUUUUUGAAGAGCUGCAAAGAGUGUGGGGGAAAUGCACGGUGGACAUGUUCGCUAGUACAGCUAGUAGAAAAUGUGAAAGAUUCGUUUCCAGAGACGAAAACCACGCGGCCGUGGCUCACGAUGCCUUUUUACCGCUGGCCCAAAUAUGGUGGACCGUUUCAAUCGGCUGGUGGGUUCCUCCUCCUUUUCUUAUUGCUCAGACUCUGUUGUGUGCCAAAGCAAAUAAGAGUAGGGGUAUAUUAGGGUUUCCAAUGUGGGCCUCGCACCUGUUCUUCCCAAUAUUGAGAGACGGUAACGGUUGGAUUCCCCAAAUUAAGCAAUUUAUGAUAUUCCCCGCAGGCUCUCCGGUGUUAAAAGGAGGCUCUCUUUCAUAUACCUUCGGGGGAGAAUCGCUUGAUUUCGAUUUUGCAUUUGCCUUGAUCUCUUUCUGA